UUGUCAACGCGCGCCAGGAGUUCUGUAGGGUCGGAAAGGGUCGCCGUGGCGGGCGCCUGGGCUUCCUGCAGGUUAACUUCUUUUUCGCCUGCCGGUAGUAGUCUGUGCAGUGACUCCAGUUGGCAGUUUUGCAUGCAGUCACGGGAAAUGUGGAAGGAGAAGGAUUUCAGCUUUAUAAGCAUCACUCUUUCUUGCUGUGCAUGAAGAUAACCCAGGGAGUUGAGGACACUGCUGAGAAGAGUGUACUGGGGAUGCUCCAGGAAAAGACUGAAUGCUGAGGCGAUUUCCAGUCCAAAAGUUUUUGAUUUGCCAGGAAGAAAGUGAACAUCAUGGAUCAGAACAAUAGCCUUCCACCUUACGCUCAGGGCCUGGCUUCCCCUCAGGGUGCCAUGACUCCUGGAAUCCCAAUCUUUAGUCCAAUGAUGCCUUAUGGCACAGGACUGACUCCACAGCCUAUUCAAAACACCAACAGUCUAUCCAUUUUGGAGGAGCAGCAAAGGCAGCAGCAGCAGCAGCAACAGCAGCAACAGCAGCAGCAGCAGCAACAGCAGCAGCAGCAGCAGCAGCAGCAGCAACAGCAGCAGGCAACAGUGGCAGCCGUCCAGCAGUCGACGUCCCAGCAGGCGACCCAGGCGGCCUCGGGCCAGACGCCACAGCUCUUCCACUCACAGACUCUUACGACUGCACCCUUGCCUGGCACCACUCCCCUGUAUCCCUCCCCCAUGACCCCCAUGACCCCCAUCACCCCUGCCACGCCAGCAUCGGAGAGCUCUGGGAUUGUGCCACAGCUGCAAAAUAUUGUAUCCACAGUGAAUCUUGGUUGUAAACUUGACCUAAAGACCAUUGCACUUCGUGCCCGAAAUGCUGAAUAUAAUCCCAAGCGAUUUGCUGCUGUAAUCAUGAGAAUAAGAGAACCCCGGACCACCGCACUGAUAUUCAGCUCUGGGAAAAUGGUGUGCACGGGAGCCAAGAGUGAAGAACAGUCCAGACUAGCAGCAAGAAAAUAUGCCAGGGUUGUACAGAAGUUGGGUUUUCCAGCUAAAUUCUUGGACUUCAAGAUUCAGAACAUGGUGGGGAGCUGUGAUGUGAAGUUCCCUAUAAGGUUAGAAGGCCUUGUGCUUACCCAUCAACAGUUCAGUAGUUAUGAGCCAGAGUUGUUUCCUGGUUUAAUCUACAGAAUGAUCAAACCGAGAAUUGUCCUCCUUAUUUUUGUCUCUGGAAAAGUUGUAUUAACAGGUGCUAAAGUCAGAGCAGAAAUUUACGAAGCGUUUGAGAACAUCUACCCUAUCCUAAAGGGUUUCAGGAAGACGACGUAAUGGCCGUCAUGUACUCCUGCCUCCCCCACCACUUGUUUUUUUUAGAACAAAUCAGUUUUUGGUACAUUUAAUGGUGGUGUUGUGGACGGCCCUGUGUGGUGCAAGGAUGGAUGUUCGGUUUAGGUUGCAGCACCAGGUGAAGCUCCUGCACGCGAACCCCACAGGGGUGCCCGUUUCUGCACAGAGAACUCCGGAGCGUUCCUGUAAGUUGCUCGUACUGUGCUGCUAUUCGGGCAGCGCUGCCCGGUUAAUUUAUAUUUAGAUUUUAAACACUUACUGCUGUUGACAAGUUGGUUUAAGGGACAAAACAUUAAGUGUUAAAGCCACCUCAACAAUUGAUUGGACUUUUUUGUUUAAUUUCUUCCCCAUAAACCACAUUUUUUAUAUUUCUACCAGAAAAGUAAAAAUCUUUUUUAAAAGUAUUGUUUUCUAAUUUGUAACUCCCAGGGGUUAUUUUUGUGCCAGACACAUUCCGCGUUUUCAGUAUUGCAGGACAGAAUAGAAAUGUAUUAAUGAAAACAAAUGGCUGUACAUAUUUUUCUUCCUUCAGAGUACUCUGUACAAUAAAUGCUGUUUAUAAAAGUGUUAGAUGUUAUAAAUGAAACCUUGUAAGAUUCAUGUGAUCAUACUGUUUAAAAAAGUUGUAUUUUAGAUAUAAUGCCUGAAACCAUUUCAGUGUGUCUGCUGCUUGUUGUUUCAGUCAGCAUUUCAUUGUAUGUUGCAAUGCAAAUGACCUGCCUGAAAACUGGAAGCUGCUCAUGGAACACGUAUUUGUUACUAUGUCCCAUAUAUUGAGCACCUCCCAGUUCCCAAAUACAUUGCCUGAAUUCUCACAA